AUGAGACAAAUGUCUGUUCCGUAUUAUACUUCAGUCCAAUCCGGAUACUCAUAUGUCCGGCAGUCCAAGGCAACGACUUUUGUGCAAAACGCACGGUCGUUGUUGUACCAUUAUGGACUGACAAGUAGGGGUUUUAAAAUUUUUGUUGAUAAAUUUACCGGAGAGAUGGCGUAUUUUAUUUAUAAUUUUAGAGAACAAACAAAGUUUCGUGGCGGUUAUAAUGGUAAUGCUUCUCAUUUUCUGGGGUUUCCGACUUCUAAGACCACCUGAAAGACUGAGACAGAUCGUGAUCAUCACUCCGACCAUGCAAAGGCCGGAGAGAAUCGCCGACUUGACCAUGUAAGAACCCGAUUUUUUCUCUGCUUUCUUUUGUCCCAAAUAAACGAUUUUUACAAAAUUUGUUGAAACUAUCUUUAGGUUGUCGCAGACCCUUUCGCAAGUCCCAAAUAUCCACUGGAUCCUCGUCGAAGAUGGGGACGCUCCAAAUCCGAUUGUUCCCAAGUUCCUGUCUAUGUUCAAAAUCCCGUAUACUUAUUUGCACACAACGAACCAAGGCUUGCCUUGUCGAGGUUGGGCUCAACGCAAUGUUGCGAUGGACUAUUUGCGACGGAAUCGCGGAAAAUUCGCCGAUGAUACUGUGGUUUACUUCGGCGAUGACGACAACUCGUACGACCUGCGGCUUUUUGAGCGCUAUAUCCGGAAAGUGGAUUACAUGGGAGUGUGGGCGGUCGGGUUGCCCGGAAAUGCGCUGGUGGAGCACCCUUUGGUGAAGAAUGGAAAAGUGGUUGGAUGGCAUUCGGCGUUUAGGCCUGAUCGAAACUUUGGAACGGAUAUGGCUGGAUUUGCGCUGAAUAUCGACGUUAUUGUCAAGUCAAAGUGAGUAAAAAUCGUUUAGUUGGAGAGGAAGGCAUUUUUCUAUUACACUGUACGGAUAGCAUAGAAAUUUUUUGCAAAUAUUUUAUCUUUCAGCGCUUCCUUCAAUUUGCACUGUGCAGGCACGAUGCCGGAGGAUUGUUUGCUAACACAGAUGAAAAUCGACAAAUCAAGGAUCACUCCAUUUGGUUGGGAGGGCGACGAAAAGGAGAUCCUAAUAUGGCAUCGGAAGACCGAAGCCGCGCCCAACGAUAAGUUCCCCACCAACGGCUAUUUGGUGGAAGACCGGAGACCUCCAAGUCCAUUGUGUGUUCGUUUCAAAGGCAUUGUAUAUAUGACAUAUCCGCAGGCCUUACUAGUUGCUAAGUUGUACAAUACGACGGAGGCGCCAAAGCCGUUUACGGCGUUGUAA